AUGAAUGGUCGGACAUUUUUGUCCAAAUUGGAUGAUGAAGAAAAGAUAAUUAAAUCAAAAGCAGAUGCUUAUAAUAAAUUAGUUCAAACAGAUGAUAAUCGAUUAAAUGAAGAUGUUCGUACUGAUAUUAAUGCUGUUAUUGGUGAAGUUAAUUUAUUAUUAAGAGGUAAACUUAAACAAUUUCGUGGUUUAUGUGAAAGAAAUGUGGAAAAAUCAAAUGCUAACGAACCAAUACCACUUGACAGUGAUCUUGAAGGUUUUUGGGAUAUAACAUAUCCACUUAUUGAUAAAGUUAAAGAGAAAUUUGCUAAACUUGAUCAACGUAAAGCUAAGCAAUGGGCUCCAAUUGAAGAAUAUGAUCCACAUGAUGUUAAUAAUCGUCCUCGUGUAGUCGAUGAUCGUCUUAAACAACUUCAACCUCAACAAAAUAAAUCAUCAAAAAUUCCGACAACAAAAGCAUCAAAUGAUGAUUUAAAAAAAUUAAUUCAAGAACGAAGAAAAGCAGCUGCUAAUACAACAAAUCAAAAUCAUGAUGUUGAAAUAUUCGUCGCACAUAAAUAA